AUGGUCUCUAUGGUCGAGGCCUCUCAUGAUCAGAAUGACAUGGUCAUGGACUCUGUUGUGCCAAAGACCGAACCUACGCUAGAUGGCUCUAUCAGUUCGACGGUGUCAACGCCAGAUCCAGAGGUCGAAGCCCUGACACAAGACCCUGCACAGACUCAAAAGCGAAAAGGUGGUCGGAAACCUAUCUACGCCACUUCCGAGGAACGGAAGCAGCGCAAUAGACAGGCCCAAGCUGCUUUCCGUGAACGUCGCACGGAGUAUAUCCGGCAGCUGGAGACUACCAUCAAGCGCAAUGAAGAGUCCCUGCAGAGCCUUCAACAGAGUCAUCGCAGUGCCGCCGAUGAAUGUCUGAUGCUGCGGUAUAAGAACUCCUUACUGGAGCGGAUCCUGUUAGAGAAAGGCAUUGAUGUACAAGCUGAGUUACGGAUUAAGACUGGGGCCCCAGGUGCACAGCCCAAGACCACACCCAUGCCACCUAAGCCGCCGGGUCCCACAGGGCCUCGGCCCACGCAGCGGCAUCCUGGCAUCGCCUCCAAGCCUGAUGCAUUUGCCAUGUCGCAGCGUGAGGGGUAUGGAGUGUCGUCACCACAGUUCCAACCUACGCCGACAUCUCAUGUAUCAUCACCGUCGCAUGCCAAGUCUCCUGGCUUUGGCUUCCAGGGCAUGUCCCCCGCUGACCAGCAAGGGACUGGUCGUCCGCAGCUGCUGCCUCAACCGAGGGCUUACAACAAUCAGACCUCGCCGCCGGCCAUAAGUAUGCCACAGGCGGAUCCAAAUGAACCGAAGCUACGGGGAGUGCCGCGUGGCCAGCAGCGGGUUGCAGCCGCAUACUACCCAUCUCCAUUCCAGAAGCAUUAUGAUCAAUUGGAACAAGAAUAUGAUGCACAAGCUGACAUGGUGGAUGAAGACCAAGACGGCUCAGUGAAUACAUCAUACGUGCCCGGGUUCACACCACAAUCGGUUGCUUCCGGCUCGCAUAACAUGUCUGGAUUCAAUCCUCCCGCCGGCGGGGACGGAACGCCCGGAGACUUCGGAAGUGCCAACCAGCUACUCGGUCAGUAUGAACCGAUGCUGGAUGCUGAUCCGUUCGGCCUCAGUGCAAGCAUGCAUUUUCCAACGCCGUUCAACUAUGAGCAAAACAAUUCCCGCAACUAA